AUGACUGAUAAAAAAAAUCAAGAAAAGAAGGAAUUGCUGUUAUUAAUUAAAGAAAAUUACUCCACAAUAUCUAGCAAAUUUUCAACCAAGAUUACUUAUGAGGAAAAAAGGAAUGCUUGGGAAAAAAUUUUCAGAAUUUGUGAAUCAAAGGGUGCUGAGUGGACUAAAGGGCGCGAAGCCAAAUGGCUGAGCGGCACAAAAUGGCCGUCUCUUGUUAAGGAGUAUAAAACAAAAAUUGACAGAAACAAAGCAACUGGCAGCGGUGGUGAAACUCGCUUAAAUGAAUUAGAUAUGAUAAUGGGUGAUAUUCUUGGAGUCGAUUCUCCUGUGGUUGCUGGAUUAACAAUACCUGAUGCCAAUUGCAGUAAUACUGAUGAAUUUGAGUUUUAUAAUAAAAAAAAAGAUGAAAAUGAAGAUUUAAUUAUUGAUGAUAUUUCAACUUUGACUCCAAAAUUAUCCAUCAAAAGAAAGGCAAUGUUUGAAGGUAAACAAAUUCUAAAAUUAUAUAUUCUCAACUUUUAA